GAAUAAAUUGUAUUUUAAAAAAAACAUUAUUUUUCAUUUCUCUGCAUACAAAUUUUCCAAUACCAAAAAUACCUUUCUUCUUCUCACUUCCAUACCAAGCUCAUCACCGGAGCAAAAUCAAACACAUCACUCACUUCGAUCGCGCGAGUUAACUCACCUGAUUCACCGAGUCACGGCUCACAGAGAUCGAGUUAGCGAGUCAUGAGAUUCAUUCGGAACAGUGUUUCUCCGGUUUCGAGACUCGGAAGAUUGUUAAACACAAUACAUCUGAAAUCACCAGUACAAACACAAAAACAACACAGAUUUUUCUCGAAUAAAAUAAAAAUCAACGGUCACGAUGAUAGCGAUUCUGUGUUACCGGUUCUCAUCGUCGGCGCUGGACCGGUCGGCCUCGUGCUCUCUCUUCUCCUAACCAAAUUAGGGGUCAAAUGUGCAGUUCUGGAGAAAAAUCUGAGCUUCUCGAGACAUCCACAGGCACACUUCAUUAAUAACCGCUCAAUGGAGGUGUUCCGCAAGUUGGAUGGCCUAGCAGAUCAGAUUCAAAAAUUUCAGCCACCAGUGGAGCUUUGGAGAAAAUUUGUGUAUUGCACUUCCCUAACUGGUCCUAUAAUUGGGUCGGUAGACCAUAUGCAACCCCAAGAUCUCGAUCAGUCUGUCAGCCCUGUUUCUGUUGCACACUUCUCUCAAUACAAACUUACAAAUUUAAUCCUUCAACAUCUUCAAAACCUUGGCUUCACGGUCAGAAAUGCAAACGGGUUGGACAAUCUCAAGUACGGUGAACUUAAAGAGAGGGAAAUAUUAAUGGGGCAUGAAUGUAUAUCGGUUAAUGCCACUAGUGACUAUGUUACCUUAACUGCAUCUUUUCUGAACGAAGAAGGGAAGCAUAGUGAGAAAUGUAUAAGAUCCCGUCUCCUUGUCGGUACAGAUGGGGCAGGCAGUACCGUUAGACAGCUUCUGGGAAUUGAUAUGAGAGGUGAAAAGGAUUUGCAAAAGCUUGUCAGUGUCCAUUUCAUGAGCAAACAACUAGGGGAGUACCUGAUAAAUGAGAGACCUGGCAUGCUCUUCUUUAUUUUCAAUACUGAAGCUAUAGGAGUUCUUGUAGCUCAUGAUUUGCAGGAAGGGGAGUUUGUAUUACAGAUACCCUUUUACCCACCUCAGCAAAAGCUUGAAGAUUUUAGUUCGAAGAUAUGCGAGAGGUUGAUUGUAAAAUUGGCAGGGCGAGAACUGUCAGAUAUAAACGUAGUUGACAUCAAACCAUGGGUGAUGCAUGCUGAAGUUUCAGAGAAGUAUCUAUUACAUGAUAACCGUGUAAUUAUUGCUGGUGAUGCUGCUCAUCGAUUUCCUCCUGCCGGGGGCUUUGGAAUGAAUACUGGCAUUCAAGAUGUGCACAAUCUUGCCUGGAAAAUAGCUUCAGUAGUCCAGGGUACUGCUCCAAAAUCAAUCCUUACCACUUAUGAGGUGGAACGCCGACCGGUAGCAAUUUUUAACACAGAAUUAAGUGUCAAGAAUUUUAGAGCAGCCAUGGGGGUUCCUGCUGCACUUGGUCUUGAUCCAGUGAUGGCAAAUUCAGUUCACAAUGCUCUUAAUAAUACAGUUGGUUCCAUCUUACCUACUGAACUACAGAAGAGAAUUCUGGAUGGAAUUUUCACUCUAGGUCGUGCACAGCUCUCUGAUAUUGUUUUGAAUAAGAAUAAUCCUGUUGGAUCUUCAAGACUGGCUAAUGUUAGACGAAUAUUUGAAGGAGGAGAGAGCCUUCAACUCCAGUUUCCUGCAGAGGAUCUUGGUUUCAGGUAUCUCGAAGGAGCCCUUUUCUUUGACGAUGAGGUUGAAACCGAGUUGGAUGAGCCUGAAGUACCUACAGGACGUAGGCGGGAAUAUGUUCCAUCUGCCGAUCCAGGAUCUAGGCUCCCUCAUACAAAUGUGAAGGCAUUGUCUGGGCCCUUAACUGAGGAGACAUUCUCUACUCUGGAUCUUGUAUCAGGAGAUAAAGUUGAGUUUCUUCUUAUUAUUGCACCAGUGGAACCUUCUUAUCGUCUAGCUCGGGCAGCAUUUGAGGUGUCAGAGGAAUACAAUGUUUCUGCAAAGGUAUGUGUGUUAUGGCCUGAUGGUACAGUUGACGGGGCUGCAAGAAGUGCUGCAGAAUUGACACCUUGGGAAAAUUUCAUUGAUGUUGUGGAAGUUAAGCACUCUUCAGCAUCAUCCUCAUGGUGGGACCUAUGUCAGAUGACCCAUAGAGGAGCUAUUCUAGUUAGGCCUGAUGAGCAUAUAGCUUGGCGGGUAAAAUCAGGGGUGGUUGGUGAUACUACUUUUGAGCUCAGAAGGGUUUUUUCAGCUAUUUUAGGAUUGAAAAGCUGUAGUGAAUCCGAUUAUAAGGAGUGGAAGGAGCUGGCUCCCCAAAAUACCUUAGAGUAUGGAUGGGAUCUUUAGGCUGAUGGAUGGUUUCAGUUCAACUAAGAGAAAUCAUCUCCUAGCACCUACUAUAAGAAGAAUAAACCUUCCAUAUAUAGAUAAAAUUGAAAUUUAUUUAUAAGCUAAUCAUACUGACCCUCCUGGUUGUUGCUGGCCCAAGGGAAUGGUGUAGAUAGGAGUAGAUCAUGAAAGAAAGGGAAUGCUAUAUUUAUUUGUACGUAUAAUACCACGUGUAUAAGUGUACAUAGAGUACUUAAUAAAUUUUAUUUGUUAUAUGAAAAAUAAAGAGUUGUUCGACUAA